GAUCAGCAUUCGGGGCUCGAACCACCCAGUUGAUAAUUGGGAAUUGUUAUUUUACACACGGUUUCUUUAUUUGGGAAUAGAACCACUACACCUGUAAGUGCGUAGUAUUUCAAGAGUGACGUUGCUAAUGUGCACAGGUGUCGGUUGUUGAGGUGGCAGAGCAGAGCAUUCUCACGAUGACCGAAGCAUGAACGAGAAAGUCGACGAAGACAUUUUUGUAAGAAAAGAUCUGGACACUUGCCAAAGUAGGCUGCUGGAAUAAUUAUUUGCGCGCAACGCGAGGCUUUAUCACUCUCACGUCAACUGCUGCUGAGAACGAGAUGAUUUAACUCCGGAUAAUGUCACAUUGCCCACUGUAAACUCGCUACCCCUAGUCUUUGCUCUGGCGGUUCAAGGAAGUGCGAAAUUGCGCACAGAUAACGGGGAGACUAUACAUUAAGACAGGAAACAGCGGCUGUGGGUCAAACAGAAGGCGCAUGUUGAACUAUGGAGAUGUUUACUUCGAGGAAACUUUGCAUCUUGCUGUCGUUCACGUUUUUCUUGUUUUUUACAGGUGUGCUGGCCCAGAUCCAGAUGCCGCAGAGGACCAUGGAAGUGAUCGAGGGUCAGAAAGUGGUGCUGCAGGCCUGGUACAGCACCAGCUCCCUCACUGUCAAGAACACCGUUCUCUGGAACUUUGUGGCCAAUAACACCCAACUGAUCAUCUCGUACACCCCAGACUCGAUCAGUUUUGGCAGCCCCCAGUUCGGGGAGCGUGUGGGCUUCACAGCCACCAUGCCCUCAACCAACCUGUCCCUGUACAUCAACAACACGCAGGAGUCGGACUCAGGACGCUACCUCUGCCAGGUCAUCAUCCCCGGGGCAAUGGGCCUGACUGGAGAACUUAGCCUCAACGUCAAUGUCCCUCCUGCUGUCCCAGAGUGCUCUCUGUCAGGGAAGCCUGUUCUGAAGGGCAACGUCACACUGAGCUGCAAGUCCAAGUCAGGAAAGCCCAUCCCAAUGUACAAGUGGAAGAAGACCAGCCCCCCGUCCGAGGUCUUCUUCUCUCCCAUGCUCAAUGAAAAAACAGGCACGCUGAAGCUGAGCAACUUGAGCAGCAGCAUGUCGGGGAAGUACGUUUGUACGGCCAGCAACACAGCUGGCAAUGACAGCUGCUACAUCAACCUGGAGGUCAUUACCUCGACUAAUGCAGGGAUGAUUGCUGGAGCCACGGUGGGCUCUGUGUUGGUCUUCAUAUUCAUCAUCCUCUUCCUCAUCUACCUUCUGAGGCGAAAGAGAGACUAUGAAGAGGACCGGGCCAACGACAUCAAGGAGGACGCUCAGGCGCCCAAGCGCAUCUCGUGGGCCAAGAGCGCCGGCUCAGGAUCGGACGUGGUCUCCAAGAACGGCACACUCUCCUCCAUCACCACCACUGCCAACAGACCCCACCAGAGGGAGCCCUCGUCCCAGCACCACCACCACCUCCAGCAUUAUCCCCAACGCCCUCCCUCUGAGACAGCCUCCAUCAUCACAGCCACAGGCAGCGUCUCUGGCUACCGAGCUGGACCACGCCAUGGAGCCUCCACCCACGCCGUGCCGGACUACGGCUACAACGUGGCUACACCCCUGCCCCGCGGUCAUCUGGCUAAUUCUGCAGCAUCCAGUGCCAACGGUAGCCCCAUGCCCAGAACCAAGCACCCACAGUCCUAUACCCAGCCCCAGGCAGUACCUGCUUCCCCGCGCCCACCACCUCUGCCCACCAUUGUGACUGCGUCCAACAUCUCCCGCAUGGGAGGGGUGCCCAUCAUGGUGCCAGCUCAGAACCAGGCUGGCUCGCUGGUGUAACGCCAGUCUGCCAUGGUGCGUUGUCCCUUUACCCUUCAACGCUGUACUUACUCAUGUAGAUUUUCAAAAGGAAAAGAUUCAACUGCCACUAAGAUAUGUCUAAUUCGAGCAUUAAAGCUUGAAUUGGCCUUCGAGAAGCUUGGGGCAUUUGACCCGGUCAAAAUGCAGUGAGAUCAGUAGUAAGACCUUAAAAGAGAUGGACUGUGUUGCUACAUAAGGCAGUUUUAUUUAAGUAUAUGGAAGUACAUUUUUUUUACACUUUUUAUACUCAGUUUGUGUGCUAAGGAUGCAUAGAUCUGGAUUUCAUACAUUUGUGCAGUAUCUUUUUUUAAAUUAUUAUUGUACUAUCGAUCAAUGUAUGUUUUACAAAGUUUUCCAAUGCAACUUUUUUCGAGAUUGUAUUUACUCUAUCUACCAUGUCCUAUGAAGGCCAUUCUAUGACAUCACUUUAAAAAUGGGGACAAGAUGUCAUGACACCCACUGGUCAAUGCGUGUGUGUGUGCCUGUGUAUUACAGCAAGAACAGUCAAUGCGUGGAUCCCACUGAUGUUUUACUUUAUGCAUUCCGCGCAGAUUGUAUCGAUGUAUGUAUGACAACUGUAGAUUAGGACCAAAUAAAAUAAAUAUAUAUGUUUUAAUUGUCAUACACGGAUAGGUGCAGUGAAAUGUGUUUUACAGGGUCAGCAAUAGUAGUGCUGCACCCCUGGAGCAAAUUAGGAUUAUGUGCCUUGCUCAAGGGCACAUUGACAGAUUUUUACCUUGUUGGCUGGGGUAUUCAAACGCUUUAAGCACUAGGCUACCUGCCACCCUGUGCUUCAAACCAAAUUUGCAUAUAUUAUACAUUUUAUUCUCAAAUAUGGUGGACUAGAAUGACUUUCUGCAACAUUUUCUAAAUCCUAGGUAAUCCGUUGCCUUUUCAUGUACCUUGUAUAAAACUUCACGCCAAUGCUCUUUAGACACAGCGCUUAAAACGUUACUAUUUUACUGCAUAGGAAUAGCUUAUAGUAUAAAAUACAAUUUGACACAUUUUAUCAAUUACAUUUGAAUUUAUCGACUAAGAUGGUGGUUAUAUAUGGUUCCACCAUUGAGUUGUAAUGAUUUUUGGUUGCUCUCCACAAGGAAAUUGUAAAUAAGAUAUUUACUAUUUUUCUUUCAAUUGUAUUUGAGGCUAUUUGUUGGACUGGAUACAAAACCAAAGAGGUUUCAACUUGUCAACAUCCCAAGCUGAUGACAAAUAUAUUAAUGGUUAAUAGACCCAAAAGGUGUCACAUCAAAUGAGUCUAAGAUGAGGCAUAAAAGAUACAAGGCAUAAAACAAUUCCAACGUGAUAUUGGCUAUGUCACUGAUCAAACUACCCUUGAGACAAUCUGGACUUCUUUGAUAGCAUUUACUUUGGCAAAACUCUACUGUCCAAUUUUUACCCUUAGUCUUGAUUGCUCUAUUCAGACAUGUCUGUGUGUAGCAAGGUAAUAUUGUUCCACUAGGUUAUGAACAAGAUACUUGUAGUAGAUUCAAGAAACAAAGCGUGGCACAUAAUAGACUACUCAUUAAAUAUGAAGUGGAGGUUUGUGUCACUUUAAAUCCGAGGACUGGUUCAUAUUAAUGGCUGGAGUUAAAUGAAUAGAACAGCUUAAAUGAAGCAUGUAGGUUUUCCUUCUAAGCCUAUCCUCAACCUCUGUAUCACUGGAGAAUAGCUAUUGCCAGUACACUGGAGCAGAGAGACACUGUUGGAGCUAGGAACACAAGCAUUUCGCUACACCUGCAAUAACAUCUGAUAAACAUAUGUAUGCGACCAAUAAAAUGUUAUUUGAUUUGAUGUAAGACACAGUCUUAUGUCCGUUUUUAUGCGCACAGAAGGUCAGACCGGAAGAAAAGCCAAAUGCUAAAAAGGAUUAGCCACGACAUCGCUGAGGAUGUGUGACAAUUUUUGUUGUAUGGAGACUAGCUCAGACUCAAAAUAACAUAUAGUAUGUGACAUACUUGUAUGUGUAGUGGUAUUCAAUGGCAAAUGCUUUUGCUGUUUUUUAAAGAUAAAAAUAUGAAACAAUGUUCAAGACUGGCCAUUUGUGAUACUGUAAUGUAUAUGCAUUAUGUAGUACAAAGAUAGAAUUACAAAACACAAAAAAAUGAUAACAUUGAAUAUCACAGAACAUCUUAUAAAUACUAGUAAUCGAUUAGUUAUAACUGAUAAUGGAACGUAAGAAGACACACUGAUGGCUGUUGUGCAAAUGUAUGUAUGUAUAUAUGCUCAACCAUAGACAACUAUGUACAGUGUUUAAGUUUCUUCAACUUAUAUGUAUAUUGAAAAUACUCUCUCAAUAUUUUUAAUUAAAAGAGGAAUGGUUGUAAA